AUGGUCAUUUUGUGGAAAUCAAACAUCCCUGCUGUACAAAUCGCUCAGAUUUUUAUCAAGGAGAUUUUUCGACUUCAUGGGUUGCCUCGCAUCAUAGUCAGUGACCGUGACCCUACUUUCCUAAGUCAAUUCUGGAUAGCAUUCUUCCAAGCUCAAGGCACCAAGCUCUGCCACAGUUCAGCGUAUCAUCCUCAGUCCGACGGACAAACUGAGGUUCUCAACCGCACGCUGGAACACUAA